AUGUCUCCCAGCGCGCUUCCCGCCCAGAGGGUGUACAGAAUCGCCUCCAUGGGAGCUGAUGGCAUCGGCCCGGAGGUCAUCGAGGCCGGUGUCGAGGUCCUCAAGGCGCUUGCCGACACCUUAGGCACGUUCGAGUUGGACUUCACCGACUACGACUGGAGCUCCGAGACGUACAAGAAGACGGGCAAGUAUAUCCCGGACGGCGGUCUCGAGCAGCUCAAGAAGCACGACGCCAUCCUCUUCGGAGCCGUUGGUGCUCCCGACGUCCCCGACCAUAUCUCGCUCUGGGGCCUUCGUCUGGCUAUUUGCCAAUCUUUCCAGCAGUACGCCAAUGUGCGGCCCACGCGUGUCCUUCGCGGCACCCAGUCGCCCCUGCGAAACUGUGCCGAGGGCGACCUGGACUGGGUCAUCAUCCGUGAGAACAGCGAGGGCGAGUACGCAGGCCAGGGUGGGCGGUCGCACAGGGGGCUGCCCUGGGAGACUGCCACCGAAGUGUCCAUUUUCACGCGCCACGGCGUUGAGCGUCUCAUUCGCUUCGCGUUCGAGACCGCCCGCAGCCGCCCGCGCAAGCUCCUGACAUUCGUGACCAAGAGCAACGCGCAGCGCAACGGGAUGGUGCUCUGGGAUGAGGUCGUCUACGAGGUGGCCAAGGACUUUCCCGACAUUACGCUCGACAAGAUGCUUGUCGACGCAAUGACGACGCGGAUGGUGCUCGACCCCAAGAGCCUCGACACCAUCGUCGCGACUAACCUGCACGCUGACAUUCUUUCCGAUCUGGCCGCUGCGCUUGCCGGGUCCAUCGGGAUCGCGCCAACGAGCAACCUCGACCCCACGCGCGGGAACCCUUCGAUGUUUGAGCCCAUCCACGGGUCGGCGUUCGACAUUACGGGAAAGGGCGUGGCGAACCCAGUGGCAACCUUCUGGACGGCGGCGGAGAUGCUCGAGUGGCUCGGCGAGAAGGGGGCGGCGGCGCAGCUGAUGGAGUGCGUCGAGAGCGUCACGGGAAGGGGCAUCAUGACUGCUGACCUCGGCGGCAAGGCGACGACGAAGGAGGUUACUGCCGCGGUCGUGGGUGAGAUCCAGGCCACUCUCAGGAGGGGCAAGGCCUAG